CCUUUCUAAUAUUGAGUUGCAACUCACCCUUUGCCCUCAGAACAGCCUCAAUUCGCCUGGACAUGGACCAUACAAGGUGUCAAAAGCGUUCCACAGGGAUGCUUGCCCAUGUUGACUCCAAUGCUUCCCACAGUUGUGUCAAGUUGGAAGGAUGUCUUUUUGGUGGUGGACCAUUGUCGAUACACACGGGAAACUGUUGAGCAUGAAAAACCCAUCAGCGUUGCAGUUCUUGACUCAAACCGGUGCACCUGGCACCCACAACCAUACCCCAUUCAAAGGCACUUAAAUCUUUCAUCUUGCCCAUUCACGCUCUGAAUGGCACACAUACACAAUCCGUCGCAAUUGUCUCAAGGCUUAAAAAUCAUUCUUUAACCUGUCUCCUCCCCCUUCAUCUACACUGAUUAAAGUGGAUUUAACAAGUGACAUCAAUAAGGAAUUAUAGCCUUCACCUGGUCAGUCUAUGACAUGGAAAAAGCAGGUGUUCUUAAUGUUUUGUACACUCAGUGUACGUUUUGUUCUGAGAUAAUCUUCAUCAGCUGACAUCACUUUUAUUGAAUUUUGAAGCAUUUAUGUCAUCAAAACAAGCACAUAAAGGCUUCCUAAUUCAUGAAUGUCAUGUUAACUGUCUGAUAUUAUCUCAUAGAACAAAACGUAUAAGAUUUCCUAAGUCUGUGUUAACCUCAGACCUUAAUUUCAGCGUUGAUCAAAAAACACCAUUCUUUCCCCAUUCAUUUUCCCCCAUAGGAAUGGCUGAACAAACCAGAGGUAACUCAUUUAGUCUUUUAGGACUGACUACAAGCUGGCAAGCUCUAUUCCCCCUGGCUAUUAUGGCAUAGUCACUGCUCUCUGGAAUGGAAACAGCUCAUCUCCUCCAACCUCCACACCACAGCAUAAUUAUAGCAUAGUGCACACCUGAGAUGAUAAAAUACAUAUUGUCUGUUGAAUUACUAGUUGAUACAAUGAUUUGUGGCUAAAAGAUCAAGAAGCAGUUUAAACAGCUAUAUAAUCACUCAACAUGUUGGAAUACAAAAAUACGAAUCCUUUGUUACAGUAGCUGUCUGUGUUUUUCUUGGACUGAACAUUAAAGAGAGCGGGAAGGCUUUAGAAACUGAUCAUGGUACUAUCAUAUCAUUAUACUAAUAUUUUGGGGAAAAUGUGCUUUUGGGGACAUUGUAGACUUUCUUGCGUCCUCGAAGUUAGCUAAUACGCAGCUGUUACGCUAUUAGAUUCCACAAUAUCAAUUGCAGCAAAUCAACGGUUGCUUUUAUUUCCCUCUUUUGUGCCAUUGGUUCCAAUGAGUCCACAAUGUCCCCCAAAGCCCCCCAAUAACUAUCCCCAAAUAUUUCCUCAUUGACCUUCAUAUAGAUUUUGUUUUGGUUGUGACACCCCAGUCUGUUGGCAACUUAGUAUAAUUACAACAUCUAGCUGCAAUGUAAUUAUUUUAACGACCCGGGGGUUAUAAGCGCGGAAAUCGACUCUGCGGCACGAGCAUGCUUAUCCGGCACAGUCGAUAGCGCGCCGGACCUCGGGUUAGAAGGUCGUUACAUUAUGUUCUAGGUGAAACACUACCAUCUAGUGGAAGAAACCUUUAAUGCAUGUUGUGAAUUAUUGAGGUGGACUACUUGAAUGUGGAUGGUCCCCUAAACCUGCUUUCUGGCGACUUAAAGGAGCUGCGACAGAGGUCAAGGUGGCUAAUGUACAGUAAUAAUCCUACCUUCAGCUUGCCCUGAAGGCCCGCUGCAUGUGUCUGUGCUUCCUGCACCCUGCCCUACUUUUGGGGAAGUUCUCUGGAUGGGCAGAGGCCAGCAGCUUGUGAGAUCUGUUUCCUGAGAUGCUUCCUGCUUUUCUGUGGAGUCAUCUCAUCUGUUCAAGACAAGGACAUGCACUCUUCCCAGCGAGAGCGUAGAGAAAUUGCCACACAUGCAAAAGAAAACAUCGUCCCGUGCAACUACCUUGCAAAAGUUGGAGUCAGAGUUGACAUGUACUCACAAAUUAUGUAAUUGGUUGUAGCUAUUAAUGUCAGCAUUUCGUGAGAAUCAAACCUUCUCACGACAACCACGAGUCCAUCUUCUUUGGCAUAAAAAAAGAUAUAUAUCUUCUUUGGCAUCGCCUCGUUGCGGGGCAACCCUGGUAGAGGGACUGUCUAAUGGCAAAGCAUGUUGGGUACCGUAGUCCUCUAACCCUGUUGAGCGCGGCAACUUCGUCGAUACGCCACACAUUCAGGCUGCCUGCAAUGGAUCAGUAUACAUGGUGAUGGAAUUCCCCACAACGUCAGACCUAGAAGACCCAGGCCCAGUGGGGCCUCCGGGGAGGCAGAAGCAGCCUGUGAAGUCCCACCUGCUGGCCUCCAGAGAGCUCCUGGUGGCCUCCCUGUAUAACCUGGCUCCCCUGCUGGACAGGACCCUGGCAUCCGGCCUGCUCUCCCAGGAGAACUACUUUGAGGUGAGGGCAGAGAGGACCCCUCAGGGCCGAGCCCGCAGGCUGCUGGAGGUUGUCCAGGCUGAGAUGGACGAGGCUGGGGCCAGAGGAUUCAUGGAGUGCCUCGGGAGAUGCAAGCAGCACUACCCGCGCCUCCGAGCCUGGCUCAGAACUGAUGCAGAUGUUCAGCGUGGACCCACAGAGCGUCAGCUGCAGGCCCAGCUCAGUGUCCUGUGUGGCCGGUUGGGGUUCUCUGUCCUGCCAGUCUCCCUGGAUCUGUUCUCUAAUGGCACCCUAACUCAGUUUGAACUGGACCAGGUCCAGGCAGCGCCCACAUCUUACCAGCAGACCCACCAGCUCCUGUCCGUCUGUCUGUCCAAGGGAGAGAGGGCCUGCUGUAGCUUCUACCAGGCACUGGGCAGCGAAGACCCACAGCUGGCCUCAGACAUCAGUGUGGAGGAUCCUGGGGUGUGUAGUACUCCUGUGGAAGUGAAGGAUGAUGAGUUAUGUAGUACUCAUACAGCAGUUGAGACCAGACAGACUGAUGGGGAAGGUCUGUCUCUCCCAGACACCCACAUACUCUCAGAUGUGCUCCAGCAGGUGCUGUCCCUGCUGGCCGUGGCUCCAGGUGAGGGGGCCAGGCUGAAUGUGUGUGAGCUGGGGGUGGCAGUGGGUCUGCCCAGGAGGACCGUCAGAGAGUGCCUGUUGGAGGAGGUGGAGGUGGGGGACAUCGUUCAGCUCAGGGCCCUGGUUACCCUCUUCCUCAGUAAGACCCAGGAUGCCUCUAGGCUGCUAAACAGGGUGGCAGAGUGCACAGCACACCGGGUGCUGCUCUCUGAGAGGGGAUGUAUGUUACUGAAGCUGCUACCUGUGGUUGAGGCCUUUCUCCGCACUGGGGACCACCACCACCUGCAAGCUGGGGACCACCUCUGCACUGGGGACCACCACCACCUGCAAGCUAGGGACCACCUCCGCACUGGGGACCACCACCACCUGCGAGCUGGGGACCAUCUCCACACUGGGGACCACCACCACCUGCGAGCUGGGGACCAUCUCCACACUGGGGACCACAUAGACAAAGUGUGGAACAUCUUUAGCUUGGUCCUGUGGGACAGCAUGGCAGAGGCUCUGGAGGAUCCUGGGGCUGCAGUGGAAUCAUUAUGGGAACCUAGGGAUGCUGUCCGUCUGUUACGAGACAGUGAGAGAGUGGAGACAGAGCUUCUCCAGGAGUUGGAGGAGUGCUGGGCAGACGGGGGAACUGAGAGCCUGUUACAGAGUGUUACAGUACUAGCUCAGUUGCUACGUGACCUCCACCCUCUUCAGGACAGUCUGUGCCUCUCCCCUCCUGAAGAGGGGGCUGUGUACCCCUGCCGCUCUCGCAGACUCCAUAGAGUCACCCGUUUCCAGGGCCUGCCUGCACGGGUCAUCCGCAAAGCACUGGGACACGGAGCUCCCUCCACACACCCAGUCCCAGCUGGUCUCCCCAUCCAGUACAGAGAUCUCUGCCUCUGCAUCACACGUCUGCUGGACAGGGUGCACCCACAAGAAAGCACUACCUCCAUAGAUCUCUCCCAGGCUCCUAUUGCUACCAUCACCCAGCACAUCUGCUCAACCCUGGCCCGGCCGGCGUUCGGCCCCCAGAGCUUCGAUGCUGGGGUGAGACACAGGGUUCUGUCUGUGGUAAAGUAUGACCCGGUCAGGUGGGGCCUGCUUAACUUACUGGAGCUGCAUAAAGACACUCUGUUGGGUCUGGAGAGCUACCUGAAGCCAGGGGAGCAUCACAGCUUCCAGCUUGUCCCAGAGAAAGUACGGAUCUUCGGAGGGCCAGAGAUACGCUGGGGAGAAAGGGUCAGGGGCCCAGUCGCCAUCGACAACGGGAUAGAGGAAGUCCUCCAAUUUGUCACCUCCGAGCCAGCCUCGUUUCUUAUCAGUGUUAGUUGCCGUGGCUAUGACAGGGGCCAGUACUUUGAGGUACGCGAGCCACAGUGUGUGCGUGUGUCUGGACUGCAGGAGCAGGGGGUGGGCGAGGUGCAGGGUUUAGGGGGGACAGUGUUGGUUUUGGCAGUAGAGGGCGAGACAGUGUGGAUGAGAGAGGAGAGGCAUUGGAGGGAGAGCGGGACAGAGCUGGAGCAGGUGUCUCAGAGACACUCUGCCACACUACAGGACGGGGGCUGCUGUUUCAGGGUCACGACCCCAGGGACACGUUGCCAGGUCAAGUUCAUCUACAAGACAGGGAGGAUCUCUGCUGUGGCUGAGAGAGACUGUGAAGUUUUCUAAAACCCUAUUCGCACGGGACUAGUAUUAUUAUAGAACGUAGGUUAUGUAAUUAUUUCCCCAGCAUGUCCGUUUUACCCCACGGGAUUAGUUUUACCAAACUGCCCUGUAAAUGUUAUUUUUUUCUCAUUCAAAAUGUACCGUUAUGACGGAAGCCUGGAGGCUCUACUAUUGGCAUGAUGGUCUUCAGUUCAGAGAAAGUCAUAAUAAUAAUGCAUAUCAGUAAGAACCAUGAACUGUAACCUACGCAGACACUUAAUUACCUGACGGAUCUGGCAAUUUAUAUAUAUUUUUAUUUUUAUUUUUUUUAUCCCAUUUUCUCCCCAAUUUUCGUGGUAUCCAAUCGCUAGUAAUUACUACCUUGUCUCAUCGCUACAACUCCCGUACGGGCUCGGGAGAGACGAAGGUCGAAAGCCAUGCGUCCUCCGAAGCACAACCCAACCAGCCGUACUGCUUCUUAACACAGCGCGCCUCCAACCCGGAAGCCAGCCGCACCAAUGUGUCGGAGGAAACACCGUGUACCUGGCCCCCUUGGUUAGCGCGCACUGCGCCCGGCCCGCCACAGGAGUCGCUGGAGCGCGAUGAGACAAGGAUAUCCCUACCGGCCAAACCCUCCCUACCCCGGACGACGCUAUGCCAAUUGUGCGUCGCCCCACGGACCUCCCGGUCGCGGCCGGCUGCGACAGAGCCUGGGCGCGAACCCAGAGACUCUGGUGGCGCAGUUAGCACUGGCAAUUUAUAUUUUCAUCGGCACAAUAUCAUCCACUUCAUCUUUUCAAAGAGAAGUAUGACUCUAGGAAAGUUGAUUUGUGAAGAAAAAAACCUGUUCAUUCAUCUGUAGGCUACGUGCAUAGCACUUAGUUUUACGCAUCAAUUUGUUCCCAAAUUCUUACCCAAACUGUACAGCACCUGUUCAACUCUGUAAUAUACCUCAAAACACACGGAUGAUGAUUCACACGGGAUAAGUAUUAUCAGAGGACCUGGGAGUUUGCCAAAAAACAGUCGAUUUUUAGGGGCUGGGAGAACAACCUUCCAAGUAAAAAUGACUGACAUGGCAGAUUCGGACAGGACUAAAAUGACAGAUGUGGUGAUUUGUACAUUACCUGAGUUCCCCCAGUAAAACUAAUCCCAUCUGAAAUGGUAUUAAAUCUCACUUGGUGGGAUUUAAUACCAGAAACAACAAACUGGUAUUCAGGCAUAGAUUAUAGCACCCACAUGAUUGAAAAAGGUUCUUCAGAACCAGAAAGCAGUCUUCACAUGUACAGCAUGAUGAGGUGUGGUGGACCCCAAUGUUAUUAAACCCAGCUAAACUCAGCUACAAUCCUUGUUCAGUUAUUUAUCUAUUUACCUAUACAGCAGCAUUAUAUUUUCUAUUUUUGUCCAACAAUGCACAGUACCUUAGCUGAUAUAGUUCAAUCAUAAUGUAAUUAAAAAAUAAAAUAGAAACCUUGCCCCCGACUUUUCCUACUAGCACCGACUUCGCUGAUAACUGUGUAAAAUGUACUUAAGACUGUGAUAUGUGGUUGUCCCGCCUAGCUACAGUUGAAGUCAGGAAGUUUACAUACACCUUAGCCAAAUACAUUUAAACUCAGUUUUUCACAAUUCCGGACAUUUAAUCCUAGUAAAAAUUCCCUGUUUUAGGUCAGUUAGCAUCACCACUUUAUUUUAAGAAUGUGAAAUGUCAGAAUAAUAGUAGAGAGAAUGAUUUAUCUCAGCUUUUAUUUCUUUCAUCACAUUCCCAGUGGGUCAGACGUUUACAUACACUCAAAUUAGUAUUUGGAAGCAUUGCCUUUAAAUUGUUUAACUUGGGUCAAACGUUUCGGGUAGCCUUCCACAAGCUUCCCACAAUAAGUUGGGUGAAUUUUGGCCCAUUCCUCCUGACAGAGCUGGUGUAACUGAGUCAGGUUUGUAGGCCUUGUUGCUCGCACACACUUUUUCAGUUCUGCCCACAAAUUGUCUAUAGGAUUGAGGUCCGGGCUUUGUGAUGGCCACUCCAAUACCUUGACUUUGUUGUCCUUAAGACAUUUUGCCACAACUUUGGAAGUAUGCUUGGGGUCAUUGUCCAUUUGCGACCAAGCUUUAACUUCCUGACUGAUGUGUUGAGAUGUUGCUUCAAUAUAUCCACAUAAUUUUCCUCCCUCAUGAUGCCAUCUAUUUUGUGAAGUGCACCGGUCCCUCCUUCAGCAAAGCAACCCCACAACAUGAUGCUGCCACCCCCGUGCUUCACGGUUGGGAUGGUGUUCUUUGGCAUGCAAGCAUCCCCCUUUUUCCUCCAAACAUAACGAUGGUCAUUAUGGCCAAAUAGUUUUAAUUUUGUUUCAUCAGACAGGAGGACAUCUCUCCAAAAAGUACGAUCUUUGUCCCCAUGUGCAGUUGCAAACCGUAGUCUGACUUUUUUAUGGCGGUUUUGGAGCAGUGGCUUCUUCCUUGCUGAGCGGCCUUUAAGGUUAUGUCGAUAUAGGACUCGUUUUACUGUGGAUAUAGAUACUUUUGUACCUGUUUACUCCAGCAUCUUCACAAGGUCCUUUGCUGUUGUUCUGGGAUUGAUUUGCACUUUUCGCACCAAAGUACAUUCAUCUCUAAGAGACAGAACGCGUCUCCUUUCUGAGUGGUAUGACAGCUGCGUGGUCCCAUGGUGCUUAUACUUGCGUACUAUUGUUGUACUUGCGUACUAUUGUUUGUACAGAUGAACGUGGUACCUUCAGGCGUUUGGAAAUUGCUCCCAAGGAUGAACCAGACUUGUGGUCUGUCUACAAUUCUUUUUCUGAGAUCUUGGCUGAUUUCUUUUGUUUUUCCCAUGUCAAGCAAGAGGCACUGAGUUUGAAGGUAGGCCUUGAAAACCAUCCACAAGUACACAUCCAAUUGACACGUCCAAGUGUUGUCAAUUAACCUAUCAGAAGCUUCUAAAGCCAUGACAUAAUUUCCUGGAAUUUUCAAGCUGUUUAAAGGCAGUCAACUUAGUGUAUGUAAACUUCUGACCCACUGGAGUUGUGAUACAGUGAAUUAUAAGUGAAAUAAUCUGUAAACAAUUGUUGGAAAAAUUACUUGUGUCAUGCAAAGUAGAUAUCCUAACCGACUUGCCAAAACUAUAGUUUGUUCACAAGACAUUUGUGGAGUGGUUGAAAAAUUUGUUUUAAUGACUCCAACCUGAGUAUGUAAACUUCCCACUUCAACUGUAUCUUAAGAUGAAUACACUGACUUAUUCUCUCUGGAUAAGAGCGUCUGUUAAAUUACAAAAACAUAAAUGUAAUCAUAUUCAUACACCAGUCAUUUAAAAAUACUUUUUAUACAGUGCUAUUAAACUAUAUUGAAACUGGCCUCAAGCGAAGUUGU